CAAGUGAGAAAGCUGCGCUCAACAGCACGCCAUAUUCAUCCUCACUCUCGCGUUCGGUCUGCAACUGGCUGCGUAUGUGACAGUCAGCAUCACGUGCAGCUCCAACUCGAUCAGCUCGACGAUUGUGUCAUCGGGUUGGUUAACAACCAGCUCGGACCAACCAGCUUCCAAAAUUGCCGUCACACCACCAAACCACCCAUCUGAACAUCUCCAUACUCCCCAAUUCACGCCAAAAUCACAUAUCAAAAUGCUUCGCACAUCCAUCAUCAAGAGCGCGCGCGCCGUCGCUGCUCCCCGCUACUUCUCCGCGUCUGCUCUCCGCAUGGCUGAGGGAGCUACCGGCUCUGGUGCCUCGAGGGCCACAGGUCGCGCUGGAGGUGAUGCAUUCACCAAGCGCGAGGCCGCCGCCGAGGAGCUCUACAUUCGCCAGGAGGAGAAGGCCAAGCUCCUCGCUAUCAAGGAGAAGCUCAAGCUGCAGAGACAGCACAUCGAGGACCUUGACAAGCACAUUGACGAUGUCAUCAAGGAGGGCUCGGCUUCCGGCCAGGGCGAGCAGAAGUAAGUUGAAUGAACACCAUCGACCCAGACACCCACCCGUCCUGCGGCCACUUCACUGUCGUGGCAAGCUACAUCGCCGUGACACCGACUCGCACAAAUCGAUGCCAGUGAACUUGAGACUCGCGUUGCUCCCUUUGCAUGUAGGAAGGCUCAUGUACCGCUCACUCCAGGUCGUUAUUUUCUGAUUGAUCUCCUGGCUUUUCUACGCUCAUUCAGUCUUGUAUCUGGCAUAAACAGCUCUACCGCCCAACUGCCAUCAUCCUGGCAAUCAGGUAUUCAAACUUACGGCAAGAAAAGGUCAAUUUGUAGCAAUGAGGUUCGUUCGUAUAUUCCAAAAUAUUUUCGCCCCAAUACUGAGUAUUCUCGCAUUGCCACACAGCUAGUUGCAACAUAUAGAGCUUCCCGU